AUGGCGAAAAGAGGCGAUCGCGAUCGCGCCGGCAACAGCAGGCUGUUAUCUCUCCCCGACGAGCUCCUUCAAAUCAUUCUCGGCCUCGCCGAUCACCCAUCCGAUCGCCGCAACGUUGCUCUCUCCUGCUCCCGCCUCCGCCGCCUCUCUCGUCGCACGCCACACGCGCUCCGCUUCGACUUUUACUAUUGGCGAAAGCUCAACUCACGCUAUGCGCGCACGCGUUUCUCCUACGCACGGCAGCCGCCACUCCCUCCCCUGCACCUCCUCCCGUCACUGCAGUCCCUCUCUCUCCUCUACGUUCCCUCCGACUACCUCUCCCUUCCCCGCUGCUCCUCCCUCACCUCUCUCACUCUUUGGGCUCCUGAAUUCUCCACUCUCUCCUCCCUUGCCUUCUCCUCCUCUUCCUCCUCCUCCUCCUCCUCCUCCUCUUCCUCCUCCUCCUCCUCCGUUGCGUCCUCCCUCCCAUCCUCGCUACGCACAUCUCUCGGAUCUCUCACGAUUUAUUCUGCCGAACUUGACGCCUCCCUCGCUUCCCUCUCCCUCUUCCCCUCCCUCGCCUCCCUCUCCCUCCACUCCUGCACCAUCGACCCGUACGAGCUUCGCUCCCUCUCACGCUCCCUCCACUCUCUCACCCACCUCACCAUCCACUCCUGCCCACUCAUCUCCUCCCACUCCCUCGCCCCCAUCGUCCACGCCAACCCCGCUCUCUCCUCCCUCCACGGAACAAACUACUGUCUGUUCGCCGCACCGCGCUUCCGUUCUCUCCUCUCGCGCUCCUCCUUGGAGCUCCACUCCCUCCACCUCGCUGGCAUCCCAUCCUUCCGCCCAGGCUUGCUUGCAGCCUGCAGUGCACUGCGAUCGCACUGCCUAGAAGGCCUUCAGUCUGCGGUCGCUCAGUCUGAAGAGGUGCUUAUUUCUUCAGACUCCCGGCUGCCUCGCGUUGUAACACUGGACGGCCUUGUGAGUAUGCUUGUACGCGUGGAACGGAGAGGAGCGGCAGGAGGGAAGGCAGGAGGGGGGGCAGGAGGGGAGGCCGGAGGAGAGGCAGGAGGGAAGGCAGGAGGGAAGGCAGGAGGGUGGGCACGAGGGAAGGCAAAAAAGGAUGGUGGAAAAUACAUAUCAGAGAGAGCUCCGCCUGGUGCUUCUUUAGCAGCUACAGCAGCACGGGUAUCGCCAAGAGGGAACGACAGGCAGUGGGGAAAGUACGUGGAUUUUCGCAGAGAGGCAGAGGCAGCUCAUGCAGAUAAGCUUGCAGCGGUGAAGAACGUUGUCCCGCUCUUGCAAGUAGCCCAUCAAGUUUCGAGAACCGCCCAUUCCGAUGCACUUUCAGCCGCGCGUGUGGAGGGGGCGACCGCCGUGCCUCGGAUCGUUGCCAGCCUCGGGAAGAUCAGCGGUCACCCAACGUCUUUUGAGUCUCUUGCUCGAGCUGCAGCCUUCAGGCACCUGAAGCACCUAGCCUUGCUGAGCUGCGUAGGGUUGAAGGAGCGGGAUUGGCUGGAGCUCCUCGGAUCGUGCACCAAGCUGGAGGAGCUAAGGGUGUUGCAAGAUACUGAUAUUUCAGAUGCGGUGCUGGCUGGAAGCAGGCUGGGAACGCUCGCUAGUUUGACUCUGGUGGAGUGCGAUAAGAUUACAGCAACCAGCAUUGGAGGGGUUCUUGGAAGCUUCCCGAGGUUGCGUGCCAGUCCAGCUGGCAGCAAGCAGCCGGAUCAGUUCAUACCAGUCAAGGCAGUCUACGUGGCAAGAAGUCUGGACGUGAGGGGACUGGCGGGUCCCAGCGGGUUCAGGGGCAUGCUGCUGCUGCCAGCCAAGAACAACGUCAUCAUCCGCUUCCCCAACCGCUCCCUGCCUCUCCCCACCCAUGCCGCGCUCUCCAAACCCGGCAUGGAGGCAUGCGUACCAGCACCAGAGCGCUAUAUGGUGGCGUUCCAUUAUGGCUCCGUGGUCUUCUUCAACUUCGACCGCACAGAGGAGGCGCUCGCCCUCGAUAUUGUCACACAGCACUGCACUGGGGCGUUCAAGGAGGCGCACAGCGACGAGUACAGUGUGAUAGCACGGGCGAAUCUCAAGGGGUGGAGCGAAGGGGGGCACGACUAUGUGGCAGUGAGGCAGCUGGACGUGAACAACAUCCGAGUCAUCUCCAGCAUCCUCGGGCAGAGCGUGGCCCUGGAUCAUUAUGCACGCAAGGUGGACGAGAUGGUGAACACGUUCAGCGAGCUCAACAGAGGGAUGGAGCAGAGCGGCACCUUCACCAUGACCCGCAAGAAGCUCUUCCAGCUCGUUGCCGCCGCCAACACCACCCUCGCUGACGUCAUUCUCAGAAUAGGGCUGCUGGAGAGGUCGGACACAGCGUGGCGGCAUGCGGAGUAUUCCAAGAUCUGGGAGUUCCUGCGAGACGACUUUGAGCUGGACGAGCGCUUUGAGAGCCUCGACUUCAAACUCAACAUCAUCCAGCAUAAUGUGAGGUUCUUCUUGGAUAUUCUUCAGAAUCGGAAGUCGGACACGCUUGAGUGGAUUAUCAUCCUGCUCAUUGCAGGCGAAAUCUGUGUUAGUCUUAUCGCAGAGAUGAAGAUUUGUGUGGUGGUGGGAAUGUAUGAGAAAUUGAAUAGGAAGAAUUCCGAAUUCGUGCUGCUGCAAGCUAUGGCGGUGACAGCUCGCCGCGAACAGCGCUGCAGCCUUGUCCUGCUCUGCAUUGCCGUAAUCCUGUCCGUCAAGGGAUCUUCUUGCGCAGCGACAGAGAAUGUCGCGACGUCGUUGCAAGGAAGCGACGUUGCACGAACCGUGACGAUUCAGGGCUCGAAUCCGAAGGCCAAACGAGGCGUUCCAGAGUCGCUCGGAUGGCUGAUCUCCUCGUUCGGAGGAAUCUAUGACGAUGAUAAAGAGGAUGACUCGUUAUUACAAUCCGCGCUAAAAGCAGAUACAGCUUCGAGCAAUGGACACAAAGACCCCGUCGAUUCCGGACGAUCAGGUGACACGUGGACAGCGGAAGAUCCCUGGGAUGAAAUUAGUGCUGACGUUGACCCUCUGGUUCUGGAGGCUGGAUGGAGGGAGUAUCUAAAGUGGAUUGCGGAUUCCGCGGGGGAAAAUGCGACUACGGCGCUUCGAGCAGCUACGGGGAAAGGACCCGUAAAGCUGCUGAUGCUGAAGCAACGGUUUGUGCCCAAGCCACAACAGACGAAUCAGGAGGGGGCUGAGAAGCGUGCAGAAGCUUCUAACGAGGAUGAGUACAUGUUCCUGCCGUCCCUGGUUACCACCCGCCCCAUUCGCCGCGGUCAAGUGCUCUUCUCCCUGCCCCUACACCUCGCCUUCACCUCCUCCCUCUGCUCCUCCUCUCCUCCCUUCUCAGUCCCAUCCCCAUCCCUCCCCGCAUCCCUCUCUCCCGAAGCCUCACUAGCUGCAGAAGCACUGAGGCAGCAGUACGAGGGGGAGUACACGGCAUGGCAGCAGGCCACCGCCAAGAAGGCACCAGCAUACAAGUCCCGCCGCAAGCCCAAGCCCAGCCCGCCCCAGCACGACAACAAUGCCCAGAACCCCACAGGGACUACAGGGAGUGCCGUGUCUCAAGAGGAAUUUCUCCGUGCUGUGACCACUGCUCUCGUCACUGCCAUCCCCCUGCCCUCCGCCGCCCUCCAUGCCACCAACCCCUCCGCUACACCCACUCGCCCUGAAAGGCAGUGCAGUGCGGGCGACUAUUCUGCUGGUGCGCUGGGAGGUGGUGGGGGGUCGAUCCGCGUGGUUGCGAUGCAGCCCAUUGCCACUGACGCGCCUCUGCUGCUGCCGCUGGAUGGCGGGCUGUCGGGGCACUUCAGAGCGGCACACAAGGCCAGGGAGAGGAGAGUCAAGGCGAGGAGGGUCAAGGUGAGGAGGCAGAGGAGUAUUAAGGAGACGGAAGGGCAGAGGGGAGAGCAGGCAGAGGAAACAGACAAGCAGCAGCCGGGGGAGGAAAAGAAGGUGGAGGAGACGGAAGGUGCAGGGGAGGAGGGGUACUUAGAGCAGCGCUGGGCCAGGGAAAGCAACAGGUGGCAGGGCGCAGGAGCAGGACAGGCGGGCAAGGAAACACAACAGCUGCAGAAGAGUGCUUUGUCAGACAAGCUGAGAGCACACAAGCUUCCCCGGCCGUCGCUGAUCCACGCCACGCCUCUCUCUAACACUGACGCCUUCACCUACUUUGGCGUCGCCCCCAAGUCUCUCUUCCUCGCCCAGUUCCCCCUCUUCGACUCCCCUAUUGCUGUCCUGCAAGCCGUUGCCGCCCAAGUGCCGCCCGAUUUCGACCCUGAUGCGAUCGAAUCCCAGCUCAAGAUUGCGGAGAUCGGCGCGAAGAUUCUCCGGGCGAAACCUGGGGGAGGAGGAGGGAACGAAGGGGGGAGUGGGGGAGGAGAAGACGGGGAGGAGGAAGGUGGGGAAGGAGAGGAUGGGGAGGAGGGGCAGGAGGGGCAGGGAGGGCAGGGGGGGCAGGGGGGGGUGGAUGUGUCAUGGUUGGAAGGGCCAGCGCUGCAUGUGUAUUCGCUAGGACUCAUGGAUCCCGAGAUGGUGGCCUAUCUCACUGCCUUCACCUACUUCUUUGCUACAAAGGAGGAACCGCCCUACAGCUUCUUUGCUCGAGUCAGCGUCGCCUAUGCGUGGAACCUCGACGGCCAAACCACGUGCACACACAUGCCUCUCCUCACUUCCUCCGCCUCCUCCGCCCACCCCACCAACCCCCUCCACAUCUCUCUAUCCGAGUUCCCCCACCGGGACCACCUGCUGUCCGCCCUCACGCCCGUGCUGAGGCUCGUGGCCAGCACGCUGAGGGAGCUGGUGGAGGCGCACUUAGCUAAGUACCAGGGCUCGGUGCAGGAGGACGCCAUGUCGCUCUACUACGUGCCCUUCUGCCGCGUGUGGCAGCGCGCGGGAGAGAAGCAGCCUGAGAAGAUUGUCAAGAUCUGUGAGCCGUGGAUGAUGACGGGGUUGGAGGAGGUGGAGCACGUGGUGCAGCGCCACCUCAACCAGAAGCAGCUGCUCGUGGAGGCCUCUGAUUGGCUGCUGCUCUCCUGCGACCCGCGCUUCGACCUGCACCUGGGCGGCAGGGGGAGCUGGGCGGCAGGGGAGGGGGCGGCAGGGGAGGGGGCGACAGGGGAGGGGGCGACAGGGGAGGGGGCGACAGGGGAGGGGGCGACAGGGGAGGGGGCGGGUGUGGGGGCGGGAGCGGAGGGGGAGGCGGAGGGGCCCGGUGCAGGGGCGGGAACGGCAGGGGAGGAAGAGGAAGGGAGGGUAAGGAAGGAAUUGGAGGGAGGGGAAAGGGAGGCGGAGGGAAGGAGGGGAGGAGGAGGGGGUGCGGUGGAGGAGGAGGGAGGGGAGGUGGAGGAUGACGAGGAGAGGAAGCUGAGGGCGUUUAUAGAGUGGGUGCAGCAGAGGGGCAUCAAGGAGUAUGGCACAGAUGAAUCUCCCCUUAAGUUCCAUUUCUACGACCAUCGCGACGUCGCACCAUCUUUGAGCAACACCUCGGAUCCCUCUGCUGCCACCAACGCCUCUUCCAAGCCACGUGUCAGGCGCCAGAUGAGCAUGGUGGCGAGGCGGGACGUGCAGGAGGGAGAGCUGAUUCCUGAUUGGGCUCCUGCUUAUCUCCGUCCAUCACCCGGUUAUCUCUCUGCCUCUCUGUCUCCUGUCAUACCUGCCAGGCGCCAGAUGAGCAUGGUGGCGAGGCGGGACGUGCAGGAGGGAGAGUUGCUGCCCGUUUUCAUUUACUGCCAUUCCGGCUCAUCUCUGCCCAUGACCCUCUUUACCUCUUUCCACCUCUCUGCCUCCUGCCAUGUCGUGCCGAUGAGCUUGGUGGCGGGGAGGGACGUGCAGGUGGGGGAGGUGCUUCUCGCUCCCGACUUUCUGUCAAUGCUGCUUAUCUCUGUCAAUCACCCUCUUUGCUUUUCCCUGUCUCUCUCUCUCCUCGCAUCACACCAGGCGGCAGAUGAGCAUGGUGGCGGGGAGGGACGUGCGGGUGGGGGAGGUGCUGCUGACCAUUCCGCAGUCGCUGUGGGUCACAGCAGAGGUCGCAGCAGAGGAGAUGCCUCCACACACAGGUACGCAUUUGCACCGCACGGCCCGGUGGACAUACAGGUGGCCAUCGUGGCGUGGCUGCUGCGGGAGAGGGCGAGGGUAGGCGGGUUUUCCGCCCCCCUUUCCAUGAAACGAGUGUGGAAAGCAUGUGCAUUCCCGCCACUCUUCCUCUCUUCCGUUAUUUCACUCCCCACAGGUCCGGUGGACAUACAGGUGGCCAUCGUGGCGUGGCUGCUGCGGGAGAGGGCGAGGGUAGGCGGGUUUUCCGCCCCCCUUUCCAUGAAACGAGUGUGGAAAGCAUGUGCAUUCCCGCCACUCUUCCUCUCUUCCGUUAUUUCACUCCCCACAGGUCCGGUGGACAUACAGGUGGCCAUCGUGGCGUGGCUGCUGCGGGAGAGGGCGAGGGUAGGCGGGUUUUCCGCCCCCCUUUCCAUGAAACGAGUGUGGAAAGCAUGUGCAUUCCCGCCACUCUUCCUCUCUUCCGUUAUUUCACUCCCCACAGGUCCGGUGGACAUACAGGUGGCCAUCGUGGCAUGGCUGCUGCGGGAGAGGGCGAGGGGGAGGCAGUCGGAGUGGUGGCCUUACAUUGAAAUCCUGCCGCCCUACGUGCCACUGCCCUACCGCUUCCGUAAUGACUCCCUGGAUGAGGCUCAGUCCGACCUCCUCAAGCUACUGGUCCACCAGCAGAGGGAGGUUGCCUUAAUGGAGUACAGGCAGGUGCGCCCACCCGCCAUGGCGUUCGCCUCAUUCGACGACUACCUAUGGGCGCAAUCCAUCCUCGACUCGCGCGCCUUCUCCGUACCCUUCAAGGAGCUCUCCGGCCUCGACCUCGAAGUCGCCGUCGCAGGGGAGGGGGAGGCGGAGAGAGGCGGGAUGGAUGCGGUGAAUGAUGCGGUGGGGGUGCUGCGCGAGUCGCCCCGCCGUGUGGUGCGCGGCAUUGGCAUGGCACUCGUCACUGCGGCCGAGCUGCUGGACCACCAGAUCAACGCGUCCAUUCAUUACAACAUAACACACCAAUUCGAGUACAUAGCCACGCAGAACGUCUCAGCAGGAACGGAGCUCGCCACGUCGUAUGGUCCCAAGACCAACGACCAGCUGCUCGCCACCUACGGCUUUGUCCUCGAUGCCAACCCCUUCGAUGGCGCCCCUCUCUUUGAAAACCUCACCGAGGCUGUGGGUGUGGUGGCCGCGCUGCUGGCCAAUCGGGGUGCAAGUGAAGGGGCGAGGGAGUUGGAGGAGAUUGGAAGAGAAGGGGAGAGGAAAAAGGAGAGGGAGGUGUAUCCGGGGGAGGUGGAGCUGAAGAGGACUCUGGAAGAGAUCUGGCUUACUGAAGAGCCGCCAGCAGCACAGGCAGGCUCAUCAGGCAAGGCUCUGUACCGCGACCUGCUUAGAGUGGCAGCAAAGGCGGUGAGAGUGGUGGUGGCAGAGGGAGAGGAUGGGAAAUAUAUUGACGUGCUCAAAAUGCCCCAGUAUAACCUCAAGCAGCGCGUGUAUGAGGCUGCGUGGAAGCGAGUAGGCAGGCGUAAGGGGGAGAGGAGGAGGACGGGAGCGUCGGGAAGUGGUGGUGGUGGUGGUGAUGGUGAUGCUGUUGGUGUGGAGGGAACGAGUGGGGACGAGGAGGAGGAGGAGGAGGAGGAGGGGAGGAAGAAGGAUAAGAAGGAGAGGAUGGGGGAGGAGCAGGAGGUGUCGGUGUGGGCAUAUGGGUUGGUGGAACCAACGCUGCUGGCGUCGCUGGCAGCUGUGUGGCACCUCGUGCACUACGAUCAAGAGCCCCACUACAAAGAUCUCGCGCUGGGAGCUCUGCUGUACGGCUGGGAUGUCUCUACCAACCGGACCUGCCUGCACGUGCUGCCAAACUACUCCACCCUCAUGCCGGCCAUGGUCGCUGCGGCCGACACCAUUCGUCUUCUAGCGGAGUACCGGCUGGCACGGUUCCCCACCACCAUGGAAGAGGACGACGCUGUGCUUCGGAAGCUGCAGUCCUGCCGAGCCUGGGGCAAAGGCUCGGCGGAAGGCUCGGCUGGAGAAGGAGCAGCCGAGACAGGCUUAUCUGGGGAGGUGGUGGAGGAGCGGAUGGUGCUGGUGAGGUACCGCCGGCACAAGAAGAAGGUGCUGCGCUCCGUGGCCUCCCGCCUCCUCCGCACCUGCGUGCUCCCCUCCCUCACUGCCGCUCGUGCUGCUCCCCCCGGUGCUGGUCAUGGUGCUGGUGGCUCGGACGGCGCUGGUUCGGCUGAAGCUGACCCGGCCGAAGCUGAUCCGGCCGAAGCUGAUCCGGCCGAAGCUGUGCAUGGGGAGAUUGUGUCGGUGCCUGGAGACCUACCAGCCUACCAACAACCCUCGAUCAGACUUGCGGGCGCAGCUUCUGUUGCCGCAUCGGCAAAGCGCAGUCUCGGUGUCGCAUUCUCCCCCGUUCACGCUGCUCGUCUCCUCAUUACCGCCCGCAUUUCCGUUCCGCGCGCGCCGCGCGCGUCUCGCAGCACCAUGAAGGUGUACGCACCAGCAAGGAAUGGCCGUUCCAUCUCACGGCUCCUCCUCCUCCCCGUCCUCUGCGCGGCGCUCCUGCCCAUUGAAAUCGUCGCCCAAUCUACACUAGAAGAACAACGACUAUCGGAGGGAGCAGAAAUCGCACGAAGAGACAGAGCAUUGCAAAAUAUUAGGGUCACAUAUCCCGCGCUUCUUCCGAAGAGUCACCGACGAGCGUUGCUGCUGCGAGGAGAUGCAGGUGCUUGUACCGAGCUGCCUUGUAACGAGUUGGUGAAGGGUCGGUGCAGAAUCGUGGAUCUGGGCAAAGGUGCCCUGUUUCUCUGUGGUAACCAGACCGAUGGCGUUACAAGCGAAGGAGGCGACAGCACGAUUGAUGCCGCACGGACAUCCACAAAUGAGGCACAGUUGGAGCUAUGUUGCUAUAAUGGGGUGAAAAUGACCAUGGAUGCUUACUUCCGUACAAUGAUGGCAACCGCACAAUCACAACAAGGAAAUAAGGAGCUCGAUGUGGAGGGGCAACAAUACGCCAUGGAGAUGAAUCGUUACAAGAACAAUGACCAAUCUAAAAUA